GCGUCAUUUUGUUCCCUAUCAUUGAUUGGAUGAGCGGGUUGUCUAACAGGAAGUCGCGUUAGUAGACCGUGAGGCAGUAUUGUCACGUGUAAAUCUUAAAAAUGCUGCGGCGAGAGGUGAGACUGAGGAAAGAAUACCUGUACAGAAAAGCUCAGGAGGAUAGAUUGCGAACCAUCGAAGAGAAGAAACAGAAGGUCAAAUCUGCUUUAGAUGAAAAUCGUCUUAUACCCACUGAGGUUCGGAAAGAGGCGUUAGAAUUACAGAAACUGUUGGAGUUUGAUGAUGAGGGUGGGGAAGGUGUCAGCUCUCAUAUGGAUGAUGAGUACAAGUGGGCCGGAGUGGAGGACCCUAAAAUCAUGGUCACAACAUCCAGAGACCCGAGCUCGAGACUCAAGAUGUUUUCCAAAGAAAUGAAGCUUAUGUUCCCAGGGGCCCAGCGUAUGAAUAGAGGAAACCAUGAGGUUAAAACAUUAGUGCAUGCUUGCAAAGCCAAUAAUGUCACUGACCUUAUCAUCAUCCACGAGACAAGAGGCCAGCCAGAUGGUUUGGUGGUAUCUCAUCUUCCUUUUGGACCAACAGCCUACUUCACAAUGUAUAAUGUGGUGAUGAGACAUGAUGUUCCAGACAUUGGCACCAUGUCUGAGGCCUACCCUCACCUGAUAUUUCACAACUUCUCAUCACGUCUUGGCAGAAGGGCAUCUAACAUCCUGAAGUAUUUGUUUCCUGUACCCAAAGAGGAUAGCAAACGUGUCAUUACGUUCGCAAAUAAAGAUGACUUUAUCUCUUUCAGACACCACACCUACAAGAAAACAGACCACAAGAACAUUGAGUUGACAGAAGUUGGUCCCAGAUUUGAAAUGAAAUUGUACAUGAUCAAGCUGGGCACACUGGAGAAUGAGAAUACUGCAGAAGUUGAAUGGCGGCGUCAUUUUUACACACGCACUUCCAAGAAGAGGAAAUUCUUGAGUGUAGAUUAACCAGAUGUGUAUUGGUCACUCAGCGUGGACAUUAAGUUAAAAUCCACCUACAAUGCAGUUAUUUUGAAUUUUUUUCAAUUGAACAUUUGGAAGAAAUAUGGGGCAUUUUGCUCUCUGCAAACUGUGUUUGGUUUGGUUUUUUGACAAACCUCCAACAACCUUUGUACAGAGGUCACUAAACAUUAAAAAAAUUACCGUUUACUUUGCGUUUUUCUUUAUUGUACUGCAAUGUUUAUUAAUUUAUUAUUUAUAAUAUGUGAUUUUUAUAUUUCAAUGUAGGAUAAAGAAUGGUGUUUAAAUAAAUGUAAUAUCAGUGUGCAGCCUGCUUCAGAUAAAAUUA